CACAGUCCAUGGUCGGCCGUCACCAUCACGUUAACCUCAAUGAAAACAUAUCACCUCUAGCUAGAAGGCUAGUUUACACCUCUCCACCGCAAAAACAAAUCACCUGACAGCUUAAUACCCGCAGCAGGUUACCUCGACAAGUGCAUGAACUGGGAUGUCUGCAGCCGAUUGGUACGCUCACAAAUCGCUGGGAGACGGCCUCUUCUGGAUCCAGGAGCGAUUCUACCAGUCAGAGAACCGAGCCAACAUCUGGCUGCUCCGCGGCUCGCACCAGGACGUGGUGAUAGACACAGGUCUGGGCCUGAGGAGCUUACCUGACUACAUCGACGGCAAGGGGCUGCUCGGCGAAGAUCCGCAGAGGAAGAACCCCCUGCUUGCUAUCGCCACCCACGCCCACUUUGACCACUCGGGUGGUCUUCAUCAGUUCCAACAAGUGGGCGUCCACAGCGCCGAGGUCGAUGCUUUGGCCAACGGAGACAACUUCGAGACGGCCACCUGGCUCAGUGACAGAGAGAUAGUCGAGGCUCCCAGUCCAGGAUGGAGGGCAAGGCACUACAGAGUCAAGGCUGUGCAGCCCACGCAUAUCCUGCAGGAGGGUGAUGUCAUCAACCUGGGCGACAGACAGCUGACGGUGCUGCAUAUGCCCGGUCACUCUCGGGGCAGCAUCUGCCUCCACGACCGCGACAAUAAGUUGCUUUUUAGUGGAGAUGUAGUGUAUGACGGCGCCAUGAUCGACUGGCUGCCCUACAGCCGCGUCAGUGACUACAUCAGCAGUUGUGAGCGCCUGGUGGGGCUGGUGGACAGCGAACAGGUUGACCAAGUCCUCCCAGGACACUACAACACCUUUGGUGCGAAGCGGCUCCACCGGAUUGCAUCCACAUAUAUCAGCAGAGCUGGAACGUGCCCUGCUAAAUUCUCCACAUUUUUCUGGGGUACUCUGGCUGGGGUGGCGCUGCGCGCAUUUAACCCACGGAGUGCCUGCUCAUGAGAGGGGACCAUGGAGCUGGAGGAAGCACAAGUGCACAGAGAAGGAUGUUUAAUUUAAAUAUGGAGGGGAUAUGCCCUUUAUUUAUCUGUAACUUGAUGUAACACAUUUUUUCAAUUACUUAUGUAAUCCAACAGAAGUCCUAGAUUUGCCAAACAAUGUGUAAAAAGCCUCCGCUAGGGUUACAUAAGUCAAUAAUCAGCAGCACAUGAAGGAUAUAAUAUAAAGUAUAUAGUGUGAUUCUGUUCUAUACUAAUGCAUAUGUAUUUGUUGAGUUGGAUAUGAAUUUAUUUAUGAGUUUUAUACUUUAAGCAGUUGUGGAAUUAUAAUAGCACAACAAUGGUACAACACUGCACUGCAAACAGAAAGCAGAGUCAGUAUGGCCAUAGUGUUUCUCUAUGCAUUUUACAAUGCUCAGUGAAGACUCAGUGUCAACUACCUCCUACAUUUGUAACAGUGCUUUGUACUAUUGACCAAUCUAAGGCUUUGGUAUCGAAACAUUGACAAUAAAGCCUCUGUUCUACCUGC